CAGUCCUGGGCCUGCCAUGCCCCGCGCCGGGCUGUGCAGCCGCUGGGGCGGCCGGGUGCUGCCCCUGCUCCUGGCCUACAUCUGCUACCUGCUGCUCGGCGCCACCAUCUUCCAGCUGCUGGAGAAGCAGGCAGAGUCUCAGUCCAGGGACCGGUUCCAGUUUGAGAAGCUGCGCUUCCUGGAGAACUACACCUGCCUGGACCAGCAGGCCGUGGAGCAGUUUGUGCAGGUCAUCAUGGAAGCCUGGGUGAAGGGCGUGAACCCCAAGGGCAACUCCACCAACCCCAGCAACUGGGACUUCGGCAGCAGUUUCUUCUUUGCAGGCACGGUUGUCACCACUAUAGGAUAUGGGAACCUGGCGCCCAGCACAGAGGCAGGCCAGGUCUUCUGUGUCUUCUACGCCCUGGUGGGCAUCCCGCUCAACGUGGGCUUCCUCAACCACCUGGGCACAGGGCUGCGUGCCCACCUGACCAUGCUGGAGAGGUGGGAGGACCAGCCCAGACGCUCCCAGCUGCUGCAGACCCUGGGCCUGGCCCUCUUCUUGGCACUGGGGACGCUGCUCAUUCUCAUCUUGCCACCCAUGGUCUUCAGCCACGUGGAGGGCUGGAGCUUCAGCGAGGGCUUCUACUUCGCCUUCAUCACCCUCAGCACCAUUGGCUUUGGGGACUAUGUCGUCGGCACAGACCCCAGCAAGCAUUACCUCUCGGUGUACCGGAGUUUGGCAGCCAUCUGGAUCCUCCUGGGCCUGGCGUGGCUGGCGCUGGUCCUCCCACUGGGCCCCCUGCUUCUGCACCGGUGCUCCCAGCUCUGGCUGCUCGGCAGAGGCCUUGGUCUCAAGGAAGGGGGAGCCCCUGAGACCAGUGGGCUCCCUAGACCUCAGAAGAUUCCCAUCUCUGCAUGAGCCCCUCCCCCAAACCGUGGCCGCAGAAGCCCCUCACAGCAUCCUUUGUCCACCCCAGAGGCCCCCUGGAUUUCCUGCUGCACCACCUCCUCAGCCAGCCCACUCACUUCCCAGCCAGAACUGGUCUCAGGAGCUCUCCAGAGAGAGAAAGGAGACAGGAGGGCCCAAGAAAGUGACAGAAAGGAGACAGAACGGGAGACAGAUGUGUGCUGAUUCCCAAGCCCCUCCCUCAAAAGUGACCUGCGGGGACGUCCCUGGUGGCCCAGCGGU